AGCCGUGGCUCGGGACCGUGAUCUUCUCCUGAUCCGUGGCUCAGGAAUUCAGGUUUCCGGUAGGCGGCGGUAGGCCGAAGAGUAAAUGACGGAUGAGGACAAGUGUCAGGCUGUCUCCUACCUCUGGCUACGAUUUGCUGGAUCUCCAUCGACGGUUAUGGCUCUCUGAGCAGCGGAUAUUGGCGGCGGGGCGGGCGCGGAGAUUGCAGAGCAGCGGUUUGUUGGAAUAAUGGAGUUCCGUGUACAGCCUAUUAGGAGAUUUGGCCGAUGCGAGCGACAACGAGUUUCCGAUGGAGCCGCUCUGCUUCCCCGCGGUGGCGAUAGGUGCGGAUGAGCUGCCCCCCAUGGCAGGGGGUAGCACGGACGGCCAGAUCUGUGCAGCGGAGGGGGGAGUUGCGGGCGAAAGGGAUGUUGAACCACAUGCAUCCGACCAAUCGAUUCAUCCAAAGACUCCAGGCUGGACUAGAAGGAUGAGAAUUGGAGCAGCUGCUCCAGGAAGGACGCCUAACCCUGGACGUCCCAGCGCCCUGUGGAAGGCUAAUCGUGGAUUCGCUGAGAAACCAGGGGAGAUUGUGAUCGUGCCUGCAAUUGGCACAAGCUUUGAUACGCUCGGCGAGGCCUAUGACUUUCACAAUAUCCACUCCUGGGAGAAGGCGUUCGGGAUAAGGCACGGGAAGAGCAGACUGAAUGUGGAGAGGACAAAAUGCAUGGAAGUUUGUGUUUGUGCGGGAAAACCCGGGGUGGAGGACACUUGAUCGUGCCGAUGCGAAUGCCUUACACUGAUAAGAUUGCUCCGUUCAAAGGCCAAUGGUUGGUACAUAGCUGAGCAUCGUGAGCAGCACAACCACUCGUUGUGUCCAACAUAUGGGCAGACAAUACACUGGCAUUUGCACAAGCACAUUGAUGUCUACAGCAGAGAUCUGGUUGAGCAGUUGCGCCAGAACAAUGUGAACCUAGCAAAAGUACACAGCAUUAUUGGAAGUUUUUUUGGGGCUCAAUGGAGAAGCCCCCCUUUACAAAAAGAGCUCUGAAAAAUUUGUGUGGCAAAAUCACCAGGGUGCGGGCUGAAGAUGAUGUGAGGAAACUAUGGAGGUUUUCGCAGAACUCAGUUCAAGAGAUCGCCACUUCACUUAUCGUGUGCAAGCAGACAACGAUGGUCCGAUAACAAAUUUGAUGUGGGCGAAUGUGAGCAGCAGGUUGCAGUACACAUUCUUUGGAGACAUCGUUACUUUCGAUACGACUUACAGAACAAACAUGUACAACAUGCCAUUUGGUCUAUUCGUCAGUGUGAACAAUCAUUUUCAGAGUAUCAUCCUAGCUGGGGUUUUGGUUCGUGAUGAAUAAGAGAGAACAUUUGAGUAGGUUUUCACGGAGUUCGUUAGGAUGAUGGGAGUGAGUGCGCCCAAAACAAUUCUGACAUGUUUGAACCUUUAUAAUACAAAAAAUGUGUGGUUCAUCCAUUUCAGGAUUGAUGUUUUUGAAACAUGGAUUGUAAUAUGAUUUAACUUGUUGUGCAGAUCAAUGCUGCGCAAUGGAGUUUGCCAUAAAAAAUGUAAUGCCUCAGACUGGUGCAUCGAUGGUUCAAGUGGCACGUGCUAAAAAAAGGCAAAAGAAUCACUCAAUUCAUUGUACACCAAGAAGAGUGAGUUCAGGGCAGAGUUCCACAAGGUAGUGAAUCACAUGCUUACAAUCGAUAAAUUCGAGGAAGCU